AUGAGCAUCCCAUAUGAUGAGACCGAGGGAGAAAGUGACGAGAGUAGCAGCAAGCAGUCUGUCGCGGCAAGAGCCGCAAUCGACAUCAUCGACAUCCUCGAUCUGUCUGAUUCCGAGCCUUUUCAAUCCGAGUACACCCCUCUCUGCAAUGGUUGGCAACAUGUCGACAAUAACACCACUGUUAUGAUGGUGCGAAACUCCCCGCAGGUUCAAAACGGACGUUGGAUCUACCCUAUUUUGAGAGACAGGCUGGGCGAUGCGUACAUCUGGGCAACUGCCUUUGUUGGUGCCUUGUUGAUCAUACCCAUUUUGAUAGCGGUGAUCGCAGCCUAUGUUGUUAUUCUGUGUACUUGCCUGUUUUGGGCGUUAUGUCUUCUCCUCCUGGUCUCUCUUUGUCAGUUUACUGGAAGCUCCGAGUGA